AUGUGUAUAUAAAGGAUUAUACGACUACUGUGAGUUUCACUUUUUGAAUUUCGAUGUACUACCACGUAUCAUCCUCCUCUAUUUCUGAGCUAUCGCUGCUGAAUACAGGGGCUUUGAUCCUGUCACCUCUCACGAAGUAAGUGGCGUUUACCGAGAAACAGCAGAAGCCACCAAGAGGGGAGUGGAUGUAGGAGCGACAGACAGGAAGAAGAAAAAAAGCAAAACCAAAGGAAAGGGAAAAUAAAAAGCAAUGGGCGCUUCGGAACAAGGAGGACAGGAGGAGAGUGGCACGUAUGAGGGUGGCUGCCACUGUGGAUACAUCAAAUUCUCAGUCACACUGUCACCGCCGCUACCCGAGUAUACAGUCAUGAAUUGCAGCUGUUCUGGGUGUUUCCGCCUAGGAUAUCUGCUUGUGUACCCCAAAGCCAAAGACGUAGUAUGGCAUAACGACGGGCGAAAACGAUGUGCUAGCUACCGCUUCAACACUAAGACGAAAGACCAGAUGUUCUGCCCCAAGUGCGGUACCAGUAUAGGCAUCGACUUCGAGGCCGUCCAUAAGGAACAUACAUACGGUAUUAGUGUUCGUGCGCUCUACGGUAUCAAUAUCGAUGAACUAAACUACAAGAAGCUUAAAGGAGUGACACGGGUCGAGCCCGCAUAUGACUUAUCCGGACAUAUUUGGGAUGAGGAGAAGCAGGAAAUGAGAUAGGCUACUUGAAGUAAUUAGUAAACCACCGGGUCUCCGAGGCUAUUCUGAGACUUACAUACAUAUAUCAAUGCAGUAGUGUGAGAAAUAAAUUGCCUCACAAGUUAAGGGGCUUGAUGUCUGAGCACCCAGCGAAUCGUUGCUUUGAUAUGUCAAC